AUGGCCUGUCAGGAAGGACAUGCUGCUGCUGUUGAUGCUCUACUUGUGAACCCCAAGACACGUGUCAAUCCGUUGAAUAAAUCAGACUAUACACCGCUUUAUGAAGCAGUAAGGAGAAUGUUGGUGUUGCGGCAGCACUGCUGGCUCAUGGCAUCCCUCAUCGAUACGAAUAACAGCAACUUUGGAACUCCUUUCUACCCCUCGAGAUUCUGCACCAUAUCUAUCAGAAUCUACGCGCCUCAGACCUCAGCGCAUAUUCCAAAACCUGCCGGUCCUUUCACGCCCUCCUCAACCAUUAAAUCUAUCCACACCUCGCCAAGGAGUUUGCACCUCCCGCCACGGAACAACCUACGAUGGAUUAUCGCAAAAGGCAAUGCAGAUGCCGCGUGCAAAGUCUUGGAGUCCGAAUUUGCAUAG